GUUGAGCAACCUCCAUUCAACAAUUCGCGCCGUUAUCCUCCCUGUAUCCUUCUCACAGUUGCCCUCGCCUCGGCAUCCUGAAGUCACUGUUGCCGCGACCCUCCGACUUGUCACGAUUGAAGCUUUCGGCAUCGCCGCAAUCACAAGAAGCCGAGGCUUUUCGCUUCCUGACGACGAGUGUUAAGGGCAUUGAGAAAUAUAUAAGCUGGCGUUCUUCAAACCUUUGAGGCCGUUAUCCCUCACACUCCCCUCGCCUACCUGCUACGUCAGAGCUUGUCCCCGCCUCAUACCACGCGCACGAACAUCGUUGCUAAAAUUCUACCCGUAUACACAAAGCCCAGGAGCGAGAACUUGGAGGACAAUGGCGACUUUAGGUGCUCAGCGAAAGCAUAAGGUGACGGUGGUAGGCUCCGGCAAUUGGGGCACCACCAUGUCUAAGCUUGUCGCUGAGACUGUCAAAGAGAAUCCCACCCUGUUCGAGGAGACGGUACAAAUGUGGGUACACGAAGAGGAAGUCACACUCUCAAAGGACUCCCCACACUAUAGCGGCUCAGACAAGCCGGAGAAGCUCUCACAGCUCAUCAACAAGGUGCACGAGAACGUCAAGUACCUUCCAAACAUCACGCUGCCACCAAACGUGGUUGCAAACCCAGACCUGCCGAGCUCAUGCAAAGACUCUACCAUCCUCGUCUUCGUCCUUCCCCAUCAGUUCAUCGCUAGGUCAUGCGAGCAACUGGUCGGCAAGAUCCUUCCAUAUGCUCGAGCCAUAUGCUGCACAAAAGGUGUAGACGUCGGCGAAAAGGGCAUUCGGCUCAUGUCGGAGACGAUUGGCAUGACGCUCAACAUCUACUGUGGUGCUUUGUCGGGUGCAAACAUUGCUACUGAGAUUGCACAGGAGAAGUACUCGGAGACGACUAUCGCAUACGACCCGCCACCAAUGGACUCCCGAAACCCUACCCCAAGUGGCUCACCAAAUGCUUCUCAGGUCGACCUGAUCAACCCCAGCAAGCCGAAUCCUGGUCCCCGGUCAGCACGUCUCACCCCUCUUCCUCUGGAAUAUCCAGCGCUCACGCAUGAGAACGUCCGCAAGCUAUUUCACCGACCAUACUUCCACGUGCACAUGGUCAGCGAUGUCGCGGGCGUCUCCCUGGGAGGAGCCCUGAAGAACAUCAUAGCGCUCGCAGCCGGCUUUGUGGAUGGUUUGGGCUGGGGAGACAAUGCCAAAGCAGCCGUCAUGCGCGUCGGCAUUCUCGAGAUGGUCAAGUUUGGCAAGGCCUUUUUCGGAGAAAGCGCCCGCACAAGCACCUUCACCGAGGAGAGCUGUGGUGUUGCCGACGUGGUCACCUCGUGCAUGGGCGGCCGCAACUUCCGUUGCGCGAAGAUGGCUAUACAGCGUGGAAAGACCAUCUACGAGAUUGAACAGACGGAGCUCAAUGGUCAGAAGCUACAAGGCACGAGCACUGCGUACGAGGUCCACGAAUUCCUGAAAUCGGAAGGCAUGGAGGAUGAGUUUCCGCUGUUCACUGCGGUGUACAACAUAUUGGAAGGCAAGAACAAGCCUGAGGAUAUUCCCAAUCUCAUCGAGAAGAAGUACUAGAUGCGAUCCGUUGUUCAGGUGGAGACGCGAGCGAGCAUGCGGUGACCAAGCGGAGAUAACGGAUAUAGAUUUCGGGAAUAACUUAAAGACGAAUACCCACCAGCAAGAUAAGAGCUGUCUUACGGUUUGGCGAGCCCGAAUUGAGAUUAGGCGAGUUUGAACGGUUAGGCGAGUUAGAAUCCAUAUAUUUUGGUGAUGCCAAAAUGUUUCGGGAGUACCCCUGCACAAUACUAGUCUUGGCGUUUGACGUCAGAUAAAACUUUGCGCUUCUAACUUCUGUGAGCCUC